AUGGAUAGAAAGGACUCCAUAAUAGCUGAAAGUUCUAUUGAUGAAGAAAAAAACGAACAGCUGUCUAUUGCCUCCAAAAAUACAGCUGUAGUUACAUCAUUACCUGUAACAUACACUAGUAAAGAACAACAUGAAUUGACGACUAACACCACCGAGUUCGUUCAAAACUUUCUUCUCAUUUGGCUCAACUCCAAUAAUGACGAAGUAAAUGAAAAUAAUAAUCAUAAUAACCUAAUGCAAUUACGAAGUAUUGUGAAUACUGUGAAGACAUUUACAAAUAUGAAUCGAUGUGUUGAUUUUCUCACUGAUAUUCAAGAUGAAAAGGCGUUCAUGAUUCUUGCUGCUACUGUUGCCCAAUAUAUUGUACCUCUUAUUCAUGAUAUUCCUCAACUUAAUUCCAUUUAUAUUCUUUCUGAAAAUGAAUCAACUGUUGAUUCUUGGAUUCAGAAAUGGAAUAAAGUGAAGGGUGUAUUUACAAAUGUUUCGUCCAUUUGUGAAAAAUUGAACAAAGCCACUCAACAAUUUGAUCAAAAUGCCAUUUCAAUUAGCUUUGUUUCAACAAAUUAUGAUAUAUCGAACCGGAAAUUAAAUCAACUAGAUCAAUCAUUUAUGUACACACAAAUACUCAAGGAAAUUUUAUUAACAAUUCAUUUCGAUGAUAUAAACAUUAAAGAUUUUGCCAAUUAUUGUCGUAAACAAUGUGCUGACAAUGAUCGAAAGUUAGAUGCCAUAGAUAAAAUGGAACACGAGUACCAUCGUUAUACUCCUAUUUGGUGGUAUUCCCACGAAUGUCUUCUAUAUUCAAUGAUCAAUCGUGCUCUACGAAUGAUGGAUAUUGAUAUCAUCAUUAAGAUGGGUUUCUUUCUUCGUGAUCUCCAUCAGCAUAUUGAACAAUUACAUGUUAAACAAUGCAGUGGUCAUCAAAAACCAAAACCAAUUAUGGUUUAUCGUGGUCAAGGUAUGUCACAUAUAGACUUUGAUCAAAUGAAGAAAACCAAAGGUGGACUAAUAUCGUUUAAUAACUUCUUAUCGACUAGUAAAGAUGAAUCUCUUUCUAAUGCUUUCGCUGAAAGCAAUCAAUGCAAUCCUGAUUUAGUAGGUGUACUGUUUGAGAUAACUAUCGAUCCAGCUAUAUCAUCGACUUCAUUUGCUUUCAUCAAUGAUGUAAGUCAAUAUAAAACUGAAGAUGAAAUUCUCUUCUCUAUGCACACAAUUUUUCGCAUUAAUGACAUCACACAAAUAAAUAAUAACAAUCGAAUGUGGAGAGUAAACUUGUCUCUCACUAAUGAUAAUGAUCAAGACCUUCAUACUCUUAUCGACUCAAUCAGAGAAGACGUUCAAGGACCGACUGGAUGGGAUAAGUUAGGUCUGUUGCUCAUUAAAUUGGGUUUAUUUAAAAAAGCUGAAGAAGUAUACAAAAUAUUGUUUAAUCAUACGUUAAAUGAUAAUGAGAAAGCAGAUUUUUAUCAUAUGCUUGGGGCAGUGAAGCAUGGUCAAGGCGAGUACGAAGAAGCGAUGUCAUUUUAUCAAAAGUCACUAGAAAUCAACAAAAAUAUUCUUCCUCAAAAUCAUCCCAAUUUGGCAAGAUCUUACUUCAACAUGGGUGGAUUAUAUGAUACCAUUGGCAACUAUCCGGCAGCAUUUUCUUUUUAUGAAAAAGCAUCUGAUAUUUAUCGGCAAACUCUUCCUUCGGAUCAUCCUGGUUUUGCUAAUGUGUAUAGUACUAUUGGUCGUGUACAUGAGCACAAAGGGGAAUACUCCAAAGCAAUGUCAUAUUACAUCAAAGACUUUGAAAUCAGUCAAAAUAGUCUUCCUUGGAAUCAUCCUGAUUUGGCUGCGUCCUACAACAAGAUCGGUGAUAUAUACGGCAAAAUAGGACAGUACUCAAAAGCACUUUCAUUUCAUGAAAAAACACUUGAAAUCUAUCGAAAAACUCUUCCUCCAAAUCAUCCACAGGUAGCUGCUUGCUACAGCUGCAUUGGUUCCAUAUAUUCUAGCAUGGGCGAAUAUUCUAAAGCACUUUCAUCUCAUGAAACUGCACUUAAUAUCUACCAAAAAACGUUACCUUCAAACCAUUCCGUAUUGUCUACUGUCUACGGAAAUAUUGGCUAUGUUUAUAGCAAUAUGGGCGAUCACUCUAAAGCACUUUUAUAUCACAAAAAAAGUCUUGAGAUUAUAGAAGAAACUCUUCCAUCGAAUCAUGAUGAAUUAGGUAUUCUUUACAGUAACAUUGGUAGUGAGUAUUUCAAGAUGAAUGAAUAUUCGAAAGCAAUUUUAUAUUACGAGAAAGCCGUUGAACUUAUCAAAAAAAGUCUUCCAUCAGAUCAUCCUAAUUUGGCUGUUUUAUAUGGCAAUCUUGGUUCAGUUUAUGAUCAGAAAGGUGACAAUUCUAAAGCACUCCUGUCUUAUGAAAAAGCGCUUGAGAUUCUUCAGAAAAGUCUCCCUUCAAAUCAUCCCUAUAUUGGUAAGUCUUACGGCAACAUUGGUCAUAUUUAUGAAAACAUCGGCGAUUACAAAAAAGCACUUGCAUUUUAUGAAAAAGGACUUAAUAUCUAUGAAAAAACUCUUCCUUCUAAUCAUCCUCAUCUUGCUGCUGCGUACAGUCAUGUUGCUUCAAUGUAUUUCAGUUUGGGCAACUAUUUGAAAGCAGUUUGGUCUUACGAAUUACAGUUUGAAAUUUGUCAAAAAAUUCUUCCUUCAAAUCAUCCUCAGUUGGCUAUUGUGUGUAACAAUAUUGGUCUUAUUUAUGGCACUAUGGGCGAAUAUUCGAAAGCAUUUUCAUUUCAUCAGCGUGCUGUUCUCAUUAGGCAGCAUUCAUUAUUCCAAAAUGAUCCCAAUAUUCAAAUGUAUAAAGACAAUUUGGAAUUUAUAAGAAGGAAAUUGUAA